AUGAAGAAGCACACCUACAUCCAUACUGGUGAGAAGCCUCACAAGUGUACGGUAUGUGGUAAAGCUUUUUCGCAGUCAUCCAAUCUGAUUACGCACACCCGAAAACAUACUGGCUAUAAGCCGUUUGCAUGUGACAUCUGCGGUAGGACAUUUCAGCGGAAGGUGGAUCGUCGCAGACAUCGCGAAAGCCAUCAUGCGGAUGAAACUCGGGGUCAUCGAGGUUUGUCACUUUCUUUGUUAAGCAUUUUUGGAUUAUUUUCGUAA